UAUUGUUAAGGGGAGGAGCUUCUUUAUAUUACGUAGUCCUCGUGCGACACCUGCUGAAUUGGAAUCACAUAUGAGAAAGAAAGCGUUUGACUGCUACAAAUCAACAUAAUGGUUUCCUUUGCCACAUCGACCAUUCUAAGUCUGGUUGCAGGAGCAAGUGGGGGAUUGUGUCUUGGAUGGCUGCUUCGAAGCCUUCUGCAACCUUCCAAAAAGCCUUUCUUAGGAGCUGGAGGAGAAUCUGAACCAAGUGUCAUGGGAGAAACGGGAGAAUUCAAGAUGAUUCUGGUUGUUCGAAGUGACCUGAAAAUGGGCAAGGGAAAAGUUGCAGCACAGUGUUCCCAUGCUGCAGUAUCUGCAUAUAAACAAUGCCAGAAAAGAAAUCCAGAACUGCUGAAACAAUGGGAGUACUGUGGCCAACCAAAGAUUGUGGUCCGUGUUCCAGAUGAAUCUGGCUUGAUAGAGUUGAUGCUUCAGGCAAAAGACUUGGGUCUGCCAAUUAGUCUAAUAAAGGAUGCUGGACGUACACAAAUAGCACCAGGCUCGCUUACUGUACUAGGUGUGGGACCAGGCCCUGCUGAUUUAGUAGACAAAGUAACUUUACAUUUAAAAUUGUACUGAUCUGUAUGUUCACCAAAUGCAACUUUUUAGGCAGUUAUUCUUUGCAAUAAAUCUAAAAGAAUGAUGCAGAUAA